GCUUCUUUGUGGCCCAUCUCUUCUUGGUGCUUGUCUGGUCUUCAGGGACCUUUUCCAGCAGUAAUUCCAAGGAAAGCACCUCAAGGAAAGGGACACAAGUAUCUAUUUACAAUCAUUUUUUUUUAGCGUGCACUGUGCAAACUCUCCUCACUAGCGACAGAAAUAGUCAGACUGUAGCACAGAUAUCUCUGGGCGUCGUCUGGCCACCAGGCAGAGCAUCCAUUCAUCCUUUCAUUGGCAGCUGAGCUUUUCCAGACGAGCUAGCUAGCGUUAGCCGAGAGGCAGCUGUGACAGAGGCAUCUUCAACAUGUCGGGUUACCAAGGAAAGAAGAAUAUCCCACGAAUUACAAGUGACCGCCUCCUCGUCAAAGGAGCAAAGAUAGUGAAUGAUGAUCAGUCAUUCUUGGCUGAUAUCUACAUGGAGGAUGGAGUCAUCAAGCAAAUAGGAGACAACCUCAUUGUUCCUGGGGGAGUUAAGAUCAUAGAGGCUCAUGGGAGAAUGGUGAUGCCUGGGGGUAUUGACGUGCACACCCGUUUCCAGAUGCCUGACCGAGGCAUGGUGUCAGCAGAUGACUUCUACCAGGGCACCAGGGCGGCCCUGGCGGGGGGGACAACUAUGAUCAUUGACCACGUGGUGCCAGAGCCUGGUCUCGGCCUGGUUGCAGCAUUCAAGCAGUGGAGGGAGUGGGCUGACGGCAAGUCCUGCUGCGACUACUCUCUACACGUGGAUAUCACUGAGUGGAACAAAGGCACCCAAGAAGAGAUGGAGACCUUAGUCAAGGAUCAUGGUGUCAACUCUUUCCUGGUCUAUUUGGCUUAUAAGGAUGUUUUCCAACUUUCUGACUCUGAGAUCUAUGAGGUGUUCAGUGUCAUCAGAGACCUUGGAGCCAUUGCACAGGUGCAUGCUGAGAAUGGAGACAUCAUCCUGGAGGAGCAAAGACGUAUUCUGGAGCUGGGGAUCACUGGUCCUGAAGGUCACGUGCUCAGCCGCCCUGAGGAGGUGGAGGCUGAGGCGGUCAAUCGCUCUGUCACCAUAGCCAAUCAGACCAACUGUCCCCUCUACGUCACCAAGGUGAUGAGCAAGAGCGCUGCUGAUGUCAUCGCCCUUGCCAGGAAAAAGGGUGCUGUGGUUUAUGGGGAGCCCAUAUCUGCCAGCUUGGGCACAGACGGUACUCAUUAUUGGAGCAAGAACUGGGCUAAGGCUGCAGCUUUUGUCACUUCUCCACCGCUCAGUCCUGAUCCCACCACCCCCGACUACCUCAACUCUCUGUUGUCAUGUGGGGACUUGCAGGUGACCGGUAGUGCUCACUGCACUUUCCACACCUCUCAGCGUGCAAUCGGCAAAGAUGACUUCACCUUAAUGCCAGAGGGCACCAAUGGCACUGAGGAGAGGAUGUCUCUAAUCUGGGACAAAUGUGUGGUUACCGGCAAGAUGGAUGAGAACCAGUUCGUGGCGGUGACCAGCACAAACGCAGCCAAGAUCUUCAACCUGUUUCCCCGCAAGGGCCGCAUCGCUGUGGGCUCUGAUGCAGACCUUGUACUGUGGGACCCCGACAUCACCAAGAUCGUCUCUGCUAAGAGCCACAACUUGUCUGUGGAGUACAACAUCUUUGAGGGCACAGAACUGCGUGGAGGUCCCGUUGUGGUGAUCAGCCAGGGCAAAAUAGUGUUGGAGGAGGGCAGCCUUCACCCCACAGAGGGCUGCGGGCGCUAUGUCAGCCGUAAACCUUUCUCUGACCACGUGUACAAAAGGAUAAAGGCUCGCAGCAGGCUCACAGAGCUGCGUGGAGUCCCAAGGGGCCAGUACGACGGCCCGGUCUGCGAGGUGACUGUGACUCCGAAGGUGAUGUCCACAGUCUCCUCAGUGAAGACCUCUCCUGCCAAGCAGCAGCAGCAGCAGCAACAGCAGCAGCAGCAGCAGAUGACCCAGCAGCCUGUGCGCAACCUCCACCAGUCUGGCUUCAGUCUGUCUGGUGCUCAAGUUGAUGACAACAUUCCUCGUCGUACCACUCAGCGCAUUGUGGCGCCCCCCGGUGGAAAAGCCAACAUCACCAGCCUAGGCUAAGCUCUUUAGUUAACUGAGCCAGGGGAUGCAGGACAACACGGGACUAGAGGCCACUUUUACUGCUGUCACAUCACAUCUGGUCACCUCUGACUCCCCCUGCACCCCACCCACAAGCCCUCCAGCCAUCUUUAUUCUCACACCACCACUUUGUCACCUCAUGCAAAAAAACCUCACUUUUUCAUGUUGUCAUCUUUCCUGCCAUAUCCCAUUGUUAAGGAAGGAUCAUGUGAAUGGUAUUUUUGCUGUUAAUAAGCCCAGUUUGAUUAUCGAUUGAAUUAAUUUGUUUACAUUUUUUGUAUAAUUGUUGCUGCACAUAUUCAAGCUGUUUAUUUGUCCUUGCUGCUCAGAAAGCAGUUCCUUGAACAGGCUUUUUAGAAACCUCAAUUUUUCUUAAUGUUCUGUUAUUUUCUUGAUAUAAAUCUGAAUGUGCUGGUGGCCACAUCACAGUGCCACCUUUAGUAAUCCAUGUGACAAUGUUACACUAAAAGAUUGUUUUUAAUACAAGUAUGUGCUUAAAAAAACUCAAAAUGCUAAUCAUGAAAUAUUAGACUUUACAUCAAGGUUUCUUCAUUUCAGAGCAAUAUAUUUUAUCUCACGUUUGCAGUAUCUUUUGUGUAGGUAGUUUGUGCAGCUGAUCAAUUAACGUUGGUCUUCCUUUUUGUGUUAUAGUUGCACUUUUUUAAAAAAGAUUGAUGUUUUAUGUUUUAUCAAGUUAAGUCAUGUUGAAAGGAGCGGACUGAACUGAAAGGGAACAAAGGUAGUCAAGGGUUUCAUUUUUACUCAGUCAACUGAGCCCUGAAUAUGAGGGAAGAAACAGGUGGCAUAAAACAUUCUGUUCACGAAACACAAACCCUUUCCUUAAUUUCAUCAUUUUGUUUUGUCCUCAUGUCAUAUAAGAGGUUGUCAGGGCAACAAGCUUCCUAUAAUCCAUCCGGUGUAUAUUGUUAAGAAAACAGAAGAAGACAAGCUAGACGGGAGAUUUGCCGACAGCCUCACUGCACCUGGUGCUAUAUGAACAAUGCUAUAUUCAUGCAGAUGAUGUCUCACUCCACACAGCAGUCACGUCAGCCAGAGCAGAGUCACAUCUCUCCAGUCUUAACACGAUUUGUUUUGCACCUGCAACAAUCCAAAUGUUAGAAAAUGUAUGUGAGCUUGCAACUUUUUUCUUUGUAAUAGAUAUAUCUGUAUGUUUUUUGUUGGAAUUGAACUAUUGCCUGCCUGUUCUGUAAGAUAAUGAUAGCACACUGUAUCUAUGAAGGCUCUUGAAAGAAGUGAAACCAUGAUCUUUGAGACCUGAUGAAAAAUCUUUCGGUAUGUAAAUGAAAUCCGACACAGCGUGCUGAUGAUGUGUCCACUGUACUCGGUGUUAGUGUUGUGAAUGAAUUACCAGAUAUCCAGUUUUUCUUCUCUUACCUCCCCCCUUUGAUCCUCUACCUGCCCCGACACAAGAUACACUGGAGGUAGUAACUGUUUAAAAAAAAAAAAAUCACCAAACAGCGAUGAGUUUUCAGUUUUUACUGUCAAACACUGGUUUAUUUCUUCCUCAUUGCCUUGUCAAGUGUAGGUUUUUGUAUGCCGAGCUAUAAUGUGAAGUGAUUUACAUUGGGGGAAGUUUCUUGGUGAUGGUUAUUGAGUUGUGAUGUUGAGCACUGUUGUUGCCCCUCUCCCAGCAGGUGUGAUACUCUCAGUCAUGUAUGUUUUGUAGGAUAUCAGGGUUUUGGGGGGAAAUCAUCGGUCCUGUCAGCAUUUGACCCUAUCUGUGUUGACUUCAGUGGAUUAAAAUAAUUAAAAUGAA